GGCGAGUGUGCUCCACGCUCCCGGCCGCGCCGGGCCGUAUCCCGCCUGCGCCCGCACCGCCGUGCCGGCCCCUGGUGGGUGGUUUGUGGGCGCUGGGUGAAGUUGUGUGAGAGGGGCUGUGGGGCUCGGGGCACCCCCGUGUUCCCGGCAGCAUGGGGAGAGCCUCCCACCCCGAGUUCCCUACGAGCAGCACCUGCGGUGGCCGCGGGGCUCUGAUGACGGUGCUUCAGAACCGGGCCAAGUUACACCGGUCUCUAAAGAGGCCCUGGAGUCGUUCUUCUCCCCCCCUCCCCUCCACCUGCAGCCCCAGUCGUGGGUAGGAAGCGUUGCUCCUGCUCUGCGCCAGGGCCUGCAGUCGCUGUGGGGCAGGCGUGGAAACCCGGGUGUUGUGUUGGGCGCCUUCAGGCAGGUGACGUUCUAGUUACACAGGGAAACCGUUGUUUCUCUGAGCUGCUGAAAGAUGAAGCUGGUUUCCUCUCCUUUUUCCAAAAGAAAGAAGUUCUGGUAUGACAGCCCUACCCUGGGAUCUAAAAUGAUGUAUAAACCAACCAAGUUAGCCUCUGUAAUGAAAGAUGAGCAGAAAAAAACUAGGAAAGAAGAUAACAUACGCUGCAGAGUCUUGAAUAGUCUUAUUCAUAAAGCUGUGGCAGACUUGAUGACUACCUGUGAAGUUAAUCAAGAACUUUAUGAUCUCAAGCUGGAAAUCUGCAAGGUGUCCCUGGCAUCAAACUUUUCAGCGUGUCGUGUGUACUGGAAUCCUGCUACUACUAGGGAGAAAGAAAGUUAUGUUGAAAGUGUACUGCGCAAGAGUGCUCCACGUAUACGGUAUCUUCUGAUGAGUCAGCAGAUUCUAGGAAAUGUACCCCCAAUAGUAUUUGUAAAAGACAAAGAAGCUGCAGCUGUAAAAGAGAUUGAGGAAUUAUUGUCAAUUGCUGAUUUUGGACCUCCAGAAGAAGUAGAAACAUUAUCUCAAAAUGAUUCUAGUAAACUGUUCUCUUCAGCAGCUCAAUCUUCAGAUUCACCCAUGCGUUCUAAUCUUUUUGGUAUUGAUCAUGAACUGCUGAAUAAGCAGAUAAUGGACUACAAAAGACUGAAAGUGUCAAGAGAUACAGAAAGCAUUGCCUGGACAGAAGAGCAGGAGCAGUGGCUUUCUAAGACUCGAAAGAAAAUGAAAAAGAAAAAAACAAGGAAUCCUCCUGAUGAUGACAUUACACCACAGAAAUACUUACUGGACAGGUAUGAAGCUGAUUACUGUGAUGAUAACACUGAAUCAGUCUUGGACUAUGAGCUGGAGGAUGAAUUACAUGAAGAGCUAAUGUCACAGAAACCAGGCUUUGUUCAAGAAGAGAGAUGGCCUAGCACUCACUGAGGGUGUCCAGGGAUGGGGCAGCCACUCUGAACCUGGUGAUGAAAACGAGGCAAAACCUCGUUUUCAUGUAGAAGAGAUGUAGAAGAGAUGGAAAUCUUCAAAACAACAAGGCGGGACAGACUGGAAGGAGGAAGCGGGCCAGGGGAUAUCUGAAGAAUGGCACGAGAGCAGGUGGGUGGGAGCAGCUGCAGCCUCGUAUGUCCCCGGCCUCCCCUUCAUCAGUGCUCUGCGUCAGCGUCCGCUGGCUUCCCAGGGAAGCAGGGUGGGAAAUUUGCUAUCAGUGUAAUAGCAACAUCAAGACUCUUACAGCUGUAAAAGACAGUUAAUGAAUGUUACACUCUAUCUAUCUGAGCAAUAUGAACUGUCACCACUUGGCAGAAUUUAGUUUUUAUGUAUUACAUAACCACAGAUGGGGAAGGAAUUUCUGGGGCCUUCAGACCAGGUCCUCUACCUUUAAUGGCAGCCACUUGCUGCAGUCCUGCAUUCAGCUGUUAAUCCUGGUUAGGAAUAUGCAUCUGGGAGUAAUGUUAUUUAACAUUGGCAGAAUCAGACGUGCAGCUGAAUUUCAGCAAUCGGUGCCCCUGUGAGCAUGUGCUACACUGCUGGUGUUUGAUCAAUGUGAUUUGUCGAUGACAGUUUUAAAAAACGCAAGAGCUUUCAUUGCUUCCUAUGACUGUCAAUCCAAACCUUCCCCAACACUCUGGGACCCUACAAGUGUAUUGUUCAGAUCGAAGUUUCAGACUGAAACUAAAUACCUCAGCUAUCCCUCCCACCUGGUUACUUUCCUGAAGACCUGGUCCUAUAAGGUGCUGAUUUUGAAGGGGAAAUGAGAGCACAUAGUUCCUCUGCUUCAUUUUAGCCAAUUAGUUUGAUUUCUCUGACCCCACUAAGGCCUUGCCAUGAAAAUCUCCAUGCAUUUUGUGUCUUUCCAAAACAGAAGUGUCUCACCAGCAGAAUUGCUGAGUAACGUUGCUGUGCUGCAGACGGGCUGACAGAAGUGUGCUAACUGCUCUGCAAAACAUGUAACUCGAGGGCAACAAUCUCCUUACUCAUGUGAGUCAGAAAAGCCACUAUCAAACACGACAUGAUGCCAGGGAAAUUAGGAAACCAAAAUGCACAUCUCACCGAAACCUUCUGUCCAAAGACCUACUUAUUUGUCAUGAAAGCCAAUCUACCCUUAAGCCGUGUUUGCAUAUAUAAAGCCAAGAAACGUCACGGUUUUCAGCAAGUUACCUGGGACAACCUGGCAUCAUUUCCAGUGAUUAUUAUUUUAUUCUGCAGGUUCAAGCAAUAUUUGUAGCCUUUUGUUGAACCAUCUGCAGUUGCAAGAUUUAUAAAUUUUUGUUAUUGGUGGUGUGUUAGUGGCUUUCCAAAUAAAGCAAUGCAUAUAUGUCUGUUCCUGGCUCCCACACUAAAGCCAGAAGUCAGUAUUUACUCUCUUUGACAUGAGGGCUUCAGGGGUUCUAGGUGCUUGUUUCAAUGCUAGACUGAGAAGUCUGUGAGUCUCCCCACUGGUCUUGGGAGAAGGAGGCUUCUCUAUUUCUACUGUUUAAUUCUUCAGUGGAAAACUUUGGCUCAGGAUUUUGCAGCCGUCCACAGCUGUGGUUCACAAGACCUUACCAACUUUAUUGACAUUGCUGACUUGUAAUUGAAAAUCCACCUAAGGAGAGGUUUCAAACAAACAGGGAGGAGCUGCUACUGCUGGUCUCUAGGCAACUUAAUAUGUCUUUGGCUGCAGUCAGGCCAAAAAGAGUCUCCUAAGCACACAGGGUGGCUCCUAACAAGAGAAAAACCCAGUACAACUGAGCCUGGAUUCUUCUGUUGGCCUGAUGACAAGCCAGAAUGGCAACCACAAAAUCAGAACAGUUGAGGUGGGAAGGGACCUCUGUGGACUGUCUAGUCCAACCCUCCUGUUCAAAGCAAGGUCAGCUACAGCAGGUUGCCCAUGGCUGUGUCCAGUUGGGCUUCAAGUAUCUCCAAAGAUGAAGACUCCAAACCUUCUCUCAGCAACUUUCUCCAGUGUUCAACCACUCCCACAGCAGAAAAGUGUUUUCCUUUGUUCAGACAAAGUUUCCUGUGUAUUUCAAUCUCCGUGUGUUGCCUCCUCUGUCACUUGGCAGCACUGAGAAGAGCCUGGCCUGUCUUCUCUGCACCUCCUAUCAGAUACUUACAAACAUUGCUGAGGUCCCCCUGAGCCCUCUCUAGUUCUAGAGGCUGAACAACCCCAGCUCUCUCAGUCUCCCCUUCUAUGAGAGAUGCUCUAUGCCCUAUGCUGUGAAAAAUUAAUAACACUGAAAUAAAUUUACCAUCUUAAUAUUGAGCUUAUGUUUAAGUACUUGCUAAAUGAGGAGCCAAGACUUGCUAAAUACAUGCAGCUUUUCUAGAGUGUGGUGUUCCCAAGGAGAAAUCAGGCAAUUCAAACUAAAAAUGCUACAAUGCAGAAGCACCUAAACCCAGUCCUUGACCAGCUCCUGAACUCCAGGGAACACCUGGACAGAUAACAAAAAUUCCUAUCCACUACAAACUUAUGGCUAGAAAAUAUCUGGAACUAAAGCAAUAAAACACCUCUCCAGCAUAAAUCCCAUGGUAUGGAAAGACAAUCAUGUCUCUCAUUUGACAGGCCAAUGGAAAGAAAGGGUCAGCUGUGCUAGAGAAUCUUGCACCUUCUUAAAUGCUGAACUGAGCACCAAAGGGAGUACCUGACAUUUUUGUCCUGGCCUGAGAUUUUUAAACAGGCAAAAAUGAAUGAGAAAAGUAUGUUGAAGACGAGGCAGCUUCAUCUACAGAGAGAGUGCUGCUCACACAGUAGAUCUGCCUUGCCCGAGUGCUUGGCUGGAAACCAUGUCAUUUUUCCUGAGCAACCAUCAAGCCAGGCUUUAACGAUUACCCCCAAAACACGAUGGUGGAGGUUGUCAGUCAAGGGACUCCAAACAGCUGCAUUGAGGGCCAAUUUUUCCGGGGAGAAAGCUGAACUCUCUCAAAAUAAACACUUUCUUCAUCUAACUUACCACAGUUCAUAUAUAAUGAAAGAGCCACCAAAAUGCUUACUUUGCAUAUUGUCUUCACCUAGGGAGCACAACAGAAAUGAAGAGCUGACAUGCAGACUGGCACGCCUGUUGCUAGCAGUGCUAGUUUUGCUUGGUAGACUCCACAUGGUUAUUACAGCCUACGGAGUGUGUGCCUCCUUAAAGAAAUAUUGAAUAACUUAAUCAAAUAUUCAAAAGCAAAACAGUAAGCAGUGAUAUGCUCGGAUACCAUCUCCUCAUUAAGAGGCAUGAGAACCAAAUCAUUCAUCACUGCUGCCAACUCAUGUUGCGUGGUCUCUGCCACCAGGCAGGACUUCAAACACAGUGAAAAAAACUUGGUAAGAACCCGGGGUGUGAAAGUGGAUGGUGGAGCUCAGGGCACUCACACAAACAUGGUUAUGCUGGGCUGCAAGGUGCUGUACCAAGCACCUGCGUGCCACUAUGCCCAUGGGCAAGCCCUGAGGAGGAGGUCCACGUGGGCUUUCCUACUGCUGCAGCCCUGCUCCCACCUUGGCAGCAGCCACUGCAGCUGUUGAGCAGGACUCAGCAGCUUCCCAGCAAGCAGGUAUUGACCCCAAAACAUCUGAAACUGAAAGCGAGAGCACUGUAUCCCCCUGUAGUAUGUUAUGAAGGCUUACAGCACAAAUGGGAGCCCUUUUCAUCUGCCAUCAAAAAGUAAUGAGGUUUGCUAUGGAAGAGAGGAAACGCUACCCAAGACACAGUUUCAUUACAGAAUAUUUUGGGGUAGAAGCAAGAAAAUACCAUGUUCUGCAGAAAAGGCACAAGAGUGUUCUCCAGGCUGAAUGCAAUUAUUUGCCCUAUCUGUACUCAGAUUUCACCCCUGCCUGAGAACAACCACUACACUGAAGCUCCCCUUUCCCAGGUGGGAAAGGGGUCUGGCUCCUGGUUUGCAGAAGACCCCCACCUCUGCUGGAGGAAGGGAGGUGAGGUUGGGCAAGCUGCAGGGCUGCUGGAGAGCUACUGCAUCCUGCUAACACAGGCCUUGCUGCAAAACUGAAAUCUUUAGUUCAAAGGGUCUUUGAACAUGAUUCCAACAGCUGAUAAGCAGCAAAAUUGUGCAUAUUUGGUCAAUGGAAAGUCAGUUCAAGUAUUUUUCUUCUUAUCACCGCUGAAAUGUAUUGCAAGAAAAGGGGAAAUGUCUUUCAGUCUUUCCUCUCCCAAACUCUCCUCUGUUUGCAAAGUUUCCACUGGAAAUUAGAAUUUAAAAAAAAAAUAAAUAUAU